AUGUAAUAGGAUUCAAUAAACAAGAAAGUUUAUUAUAAAGAAGUUUGUCUUUAAAAACAUUAGAAUUCUAAGAUUCUAUCAGCAAAGUUUGUUAAGGAUAAUAAAAACAUAAUUAGUAUAGGAAAAGAUGAUCAUUUUAUUAAACUUGAAUAAUAGGAUAAAGAGUGGAUAUUUAAAGAAAUUAUUUUGGAAAAUUAAUAAAUAUAAUGUUGCACUUUCAAUUAAGGAUUAGGUAGCUUUAUUUAUGCCCAUAAAAAAGGAUAAAUUGAUCAAUUAAGUUAUAAUUAAGAAUAAGAGAAAUGGGUAUCAAAAACAAUUAGAGAAUCUGAAGGCAAUUAAAUUCUAGAAUUAUAAUUGAAUAAUAACUCAACUAAAAUGGUAUAAUGCUUAUAUGAUUUUGCAGUUAUUUUGGAAUAUUAGAAUUAAGAAUGGAUUGAAACAUUUUCUUUGAAUGAGACUUUUACUGAAGAUGAAUGCAUAUUUUCAACUAGUGUAAGUUGUAAUCGUGAUUCCUAAGAGAUAGCAAUUGGAUUUACUGAUGGUCAUAUUUCUAUUUGGAAAUAAAUAAACAAUUAGUGGUAGAUUAAUUAAAGGAUGGAAUUACAUCAAGGUUCUAUAACUAAGGUGAGAUUCAGUAAUUCAAAAGAUAUAUUAGUUGGUACUGAUUCAAAAGGUAACAUAAUUAUUUGGGAAAAAAGUGAAUAAACUUAAAAAUAUGAGUUAUAAUGUCAGUAUUAAAGUGAUAAGAAUAUUGAAACAAUAUAUUUUAACAUAAAUUCAAGUAUACUACUUAUUGGAGAAGGUUCAUAGGUAAGAAUUUUGAAAUAGAUAAAAGAAAAUAAAUGGGUGUUUAUGUAAACAAUAGAGGUAAAAGAUAUUGUUUCAUGUAUUGAUAUAUCAAAUGAUAAUAAAUAAUUAUUAGUUGGAUAAAAUAAUGGAUUUAUUAGUAUAUUUGAGUAUAUUGGAUAAUGA